UCGCGAAGGUUUGUUUACAUGUCAAGAAGCAGACGAAGGCGAGACAGGAGCACAUUGCCGCGUUUCUUUAUAAAAUGUGAUCUUAAUUAGUCUGAAUGUUAAAAAGGCAGCAGAAAAACUUCCGAAACAUGACAGUUAUUGUAUAGUUAAUAUUGAUAAGAUAUUGUGAGUGUAUGAAGACGAAACAUUUGUGGAUCCGAGAAAAUUGAAAAAAUAUUUGUUUGACUUCUGUUGUUUUCAGAGAAAAGAUGACACUCGGAGAUGACAUUAUCCCACACAAAGGACAUUUUACUCUCCCUACAACAUGGACACCCCAAGACUCCACAGCAAAACAACGUGUGGUGGUCAUAGCUGUGUUUGGCAAGAGUGGCUUAGACUCGGGAGGAUGCAAAGCCACAGCCCUGGAGCUAAUGGUGGGAAGGAAGAUCUUCCAGAGGGACAUGACGCACCCCAUUGCUAUAGAUGAAGAGACUAUGACUGGAGUGGAAGGAUAUUAUGAUCCUGACCGCCGAGCCAUAUACCUUCACCUGACUGGGGCAUAUGACACGGCAGCUCUCAUUAGUGCCCUAGAAACCAUGCACCAGCAACUGCAGGAAAAGGGAUUCCUGAUGGCCUGGUCCAGCCUCAAGUUGGCCUAUGCACGAAGUCUGUUGGUGCUGUUUUCUGUCUCUCAUUUGCUGCUUCUGUGCCAUCCAACGCAUGUCUUUGAUAUUAGUUACAUUCAUCUCUUCCGUACCCUAGAUACAAUCAGGUCCAAAGCCCAGAAUUACAUAGCAGAAACCCUUAAGCUUGUGCCGGGAAUCAGCAAGGACUGGGUCUCAUUUGGUCGACUGUGCGCACCUCGGGUUCUCUUCAUUUUCUCAUCACACCUCUUGCCAGCACAGAUUCGGUCUGGACAGGACAACUCAGCUGUUCACAGAUCUAUGGGAGGCCACAGGUCAUACAGAACCUCCACCCCACCAAGCCCUCUUCGAAAUCUGGAACUUGCUCUGGAAGAUCAAAUUUACCGUCUCCUUCGCAAAAGUAGAGUCAUAACCAACAUCAGUGCAAAUUCUUUGUUUGCUCUUCCUAACAACCAAGCGUAUGUAUACAUCAUGGAGGAAGGGCAGGAGGAAGUGCCAGCUGCUUCCUUGAUUAAUGACACUCUUCAUAAUCUUUGCUCAGCAUCAGAUUCUAACUUAAGCAGUGAAUUAAGCCAAUUGACCAUUGGAUCAAGCAACAAAACCUCCUCCUCAGAAAAAGGAGGAAGCAGAGGAACUGGUAACUGGGGGAGCAUUUCAGGUGCAACAAGUGCUUGGGAUACAUCUUUAGCCUGUUCAGCCUCUUCGGAUACUUCAGCUGCUGACUCUCUCAGCGCAUCAAUUUUGUCUGGGGUUGCAACGGAACGAAAGAGAAAUCUCGAGCACAGUUUUAAUGUGUUCCUUCAGCAGCACAUUGACCAAGCAUUAGGGAAGGGCUUUGAUGAUAAUGUUGGAAGACAUUCUGGUCCUGUCUUCUUCUAUGUCCCGCAUGCCGGCAUAUGGUUUGAAGCUGUAAACAAGGUGUACAAGUUCUUCUGUUGUGACCCCUCAGAGAAAGACACAAAAGCAAAACAGGUUUUAAAUAGUCUUCAAAAUCUGGUGGAGACCGAAGUCAGAUUCAGUGAUACUCGAUGUGCCAAGGUUUUUCCAAUUGCCAUUUCGGCCUACAAGGAUGGUCUUCCCCCUCACUACACCCAGCUUCAUCAUCAGGAAAAGCUUGAAUUGGCUCUGAGAGUGCUAGGUGCCCAGGCAAGAGGGCCAAUGUAUGACGAGUAUGUGGCCCAACUGGAGGAGGCUUGUGAGAGGAUUUGGCAGGAUGGGCGAAUGGGGUGUGAAACGCUGUCCCUUACUGGCAACACCUGUAAACAUCCAAGGCACAAGACCCCUUCUGAUUCAGAAGAUGACAGCUCUGUGCCUGUGAUGAGUCACAGCUCUGGCAUUGGGUAUGUCAGCUUUUGUAACUGUGGGCGGAGACAGGGCCAACGUGAAGAUCCGUUUUCUACUAAGGCAGCAAACUACACCUUUUAUGAACAGUUAGCAGAAACUUGUUGCAGCCGUCUGGAUACAAUCUCUUUCCCAACAUUUAAAUCAAGUGUUAUUGAUGCAAAAGCUGCAAAUGUGAAUGGCUCAGAAAGUGAAGACAUAGAGGCUGAUACAAUCUCCACGGUCAAACGAGAAUCCCGGGAACAGCAAGACUCAGAAACCCCUCACACCCCAGGGUUGAGUCUGGUAGGAACAGGUCUGAGUGGGAGCAUGAAUAGUACUACAGGCACAGCAGCAGCUCGCAUGACAGGAGAUCCUGCACAUAUUGGCUCACAAGUGGUGAUUACCCUCACCAAAGACGACACCAAAACCAUCACCAAAGACCGGGGAAUAAUUCGCCAGGCCUCAACAACUGAGUACCUGCCAGGAAUGCUUCACACCAACUCACCAGCAGGUUUACUUCCUCGUUGGUCUUCAUGGUCACUCUGCUGCUUGGGACCCUCCUCUCUUUACUCACACAAUGCAGGUAUAUGUGAUCAGCCAGGAUUUUUGCCAGGCACAAAUUUCUUAUUACCUUGGGAUGUAACAGUAAAGAUUGAAGACCGGAACAAAUGGCCUGCCAUAGCAGACACUCUUGGGAAGAAAGCCCUUUUGCUCAAAAAUAAGAAGAACAGAGUAGGUGAUAUACAUGAGUUCAGUGUGAAGAUCUUCCUUGGUGUUGAAUACGAGUGUGUCAGAGGCCACCGAUUCAUGAUGGCCACCCCAGACAGACAUUUGAAGGCUUCCCCAUCAGGGCUUGUUAAAGACAAUGCCACCAAGAUUGCAAACACUGAUAUGCCACUCUACUUCCCAUGUCCCUGCAGCCGCUCUGGAGGCAUUGUGAAUGGACAGCUAAUGAGGCUUCAUGUAGUAACUCCCAAAGCACCAGUCAAUGUCACACUAAACCCUCAAGUGCAGCCAGGGCCAGAUCCUUGCCCAAGAUAUAUUCCCCAGCCUUGCAACUCCCUCCCAGUCAAACUCUCUGCCUCAGCUUACUGGGUUUUGCGAUUGCCUUAUGUGUAUGUUGGUGAGCAAGGUCCUCACUAUCCUCCAGACCCUCGACAACCAACUCCUCCAUCUUUUGCAAGACUACUAAAAGGCUGUUAUGGAAUUUCUCAAGUAACACUUGAGAGAUGAACAUUUGCUCUGAAUGGUUUGGAUUAGCUCUGUUAUACACUGUUGAUCAUACUGGUAUUGUUUUUUUCCUGAUGUGAUGUUAGGAUAAGGUUUCAAUAAAAUCAACAAAGUAAACAACUUAAUUGUUAUUACAUCUCAUAUAUUUACAUUGGUUUUGCAUUGUGAAAUGUAGCAAUAUAAAUUUUUCAUAUCCACAGUUACCAUCAUUUAACAGUACCUCGUAAUAGAAACAGACCUGUAGCAAGGAAGAGGAGGAGGAGGAGGAAAUGGCAGACUCAAAGAAAGAUGACUUCUGGUUCCAUAAUACUCACAAUCAGUUUUCCUUGAGUAUUUUUAUAUUUUAGGGGAAGGUGGGAGAAAAACACACUUGUGAGAAAAAGUAAAGAAUAUAUUUCUACUGACUAAAACAUGAGCAGUUGAGUACUGUACUGUCAUUAGGACCGAAGAUACAGCCAUGUUGUUGGACUGAGAGCUUGGACCUGCCAGAGAUAUGAUUGAUGGCGGGAAUGUGUGCCCACGAUGCCCACAGUGACAUAGAAGGUAGACGGUUCAGAUUAUUCUAACUUGUUAACAAUCCUUAUAUAUUAUAUUUGUUCUUAUUUUUAUUAAAUUUUUAACAGAG